UUUAUGGAAUGGUAGCAUUCGUCGGUUUUUUGCUAAGCAAAACAUUUAACAUUAAAUAAUGUACAAUGGGCACUGAAACAAAGGAAACUGAACAGAGCGUUUGUACCGUCGGAGCCUCAACAGCAAUGCCACCGGAUGUGAUCGUGCAUGAUCUGUUCGAACAUAUUAGCAGCAAUCCCCGGGUUUUCUUCAAAAACCAGCAAAUAAACGAUCCAGAGCUCAGUAUGGUCGAAAAGGAAAACAUCUUGCGGGAGGUGCUGGACAAAAGUCAUUGUACUUUCCUCUCCCGUUUUGGGCCGUUCAUGAAGGACGAACAUUUGCGGUACUUUGAGCAGAAUGAGCAAACGCUAGCCUACAGUCCGGAUGAACGGUACGAGAUCGAUUAUCAUCUGGAGCGCAUCCGGAAACUGCGCAACGGUGGACGGGCAACGGAGGUUCGCAAUCGGCGCUACGCCGCACUGCAAAAAAUGUGCAACGACGGAACGUACUUUAGCGAGCAGGAAAUGAUGCAACGCGAGCCACUGCUGUACGAGCAGCUGGUAGGCCAAUACAUGACGGAGAAGGAGAAACGGGAACGAGAUGCUAGUGUUCCGGUAACACCGAGCGUUGUGAACAUCAUCUUCAACCAGAUGGAUAAAGACGAAGCGAAAGAAACACUGCAAAAGUUAGAGACGGAAGAAUAUCAAGAGGAGCAACAGCUAGAAGACAUGGAGGAAACGAUGGUCCGCUCCCGACCAUCAUCGCCCGGGUUUCCCAGGGCACAGUGGGGCAAUUUUGAUGACGAAGAAGAAACGCGUCUCGAGGCACGUCGGCACGAUCGACAGAAAAGGGCAAGGCGGCGCCAGUUGGCUAUUCCGCCCGCUCAUCUGAUUACCGCUGGUGAACGGAAUCUGCUGCGAGACGAGUUCAUUGGCGUCAUGUACGCUCGCUUCAUAGCGGGCGAAGAUGAAGAGUUUGACUAUUCGCGUGUGGAUGAUUCCCUGGAGUACGACGAUUUGGAUAUCGUGGAACAGGAUGAGCAGGAAAAAUAUUUCGACGAGGACGAUGAAACUGAGCCGAAGGCAAGCGCGAUCUAUUGCGCUGAUGAGGAAAGUGAGGAUGAUUUGGAUGUAUAUAUGAAACAUUUAAACCAUCAUCUUCAGCAGCAGGAACGUUUUGCUCGUGAGAGCAACGAAGUUGAGGCUUGCGAAUAUGAUUCAGAUGUGUGAAGUAAAGAAUAAAACAGUA